AUGUCGCAUUUUAUCCACUCCUUCCCUGGUUUGGUGCGUUCGGACAUAGACAGGGGCAUGAGAGGUUCUGUCACUAUGACUGUCGCCAAAGUCGCGUACAGGACUUUGGUCAGGAUGAUUGGGAUCCUGGAGCAAGAGUCUAACGAGAGACAUAUCUUCUCGGCUAACAACGGUAGAUAUCCUCAGAGAGAGAAUGGGUCAUUUGCUGGCACAGGUCUAAGUGCUGCCAAAGGAUCCGACGGCGCCGUGGGCUCUGGGUGUUAUGCUGUGGAUGAGCACGGCGAGAGCCGAGGGCACUGA